UCCAGAGCAACAAAAGCUACAACAGUCUAAGCAACCGCUUAGUUGCUAGACAACAUCAAAAUUCCCAGAAACAAAGGCCGCUCGCAACAGCUUUAUCGAUAUACCUGGUAGACCCCGGUGUCCCUGGAAGUGUGCUCUCGAUCCCCGAAAGAAACAGUCGCGCCCCGCCAAGAUGUCCUUUCACAGGAUCAAUGCCAGACAAGCAUCCGUUGCCGCCCGCCAGCGGCAGUCGCGGUCGUCCCGAAUGACCCGGCACACCAUCUUCAGUUUGAAGAGACCCACCACCUUCCAGGUGCGCAAGUCUCUGGUAGAGUACGUGGACAUGGAGCUGGCGGACAUGGACACCUCGGUGUUCUAUCAGCGCAUUUUCAUCCUGGCCAAGAACUGCCACUUGACGCCAGUGCUUUCUCAAGAGGCGUUGCCCGUCGAUGUGGUGGCGGAGCAGGUGGAGCCCGAACCAGCUGAAGCGGAGCCCAUACAGUUCAUGGAGAAUGUGAUCUUGGAUAACGAUGACACGGACUCACACAUGACCACAAAUCCGGAUCCAGCACCUGUUCCUGCGCCAGAGGAACCUGUGACGGAAACUGGGGAAGUGGUCACCCACCUGUUCCGUUUCAGUGAAGGAGAACUUGAAGAAGACUUUGUCGAAGACGAGCAAAUGGAAAUGGAAGUCCAAGCACCCGAUAAGCCCAAGGACUUCUUUGCCGUCUUCAGCGAGCGCCUGCAGGAGCUGCAUAAGCAGUGCCAGGCACAGGCCAUCACGCCGGAUCCCAUGUGCGGAUUGUAUCUCCACAUGGGCGAAUACAGCAUGCUCAUGCUGGAGUCCUCCGAGGACAUGAUCGGAUGCUUCACACGGGCACUGGCCGACUGUUGUGAGAACUUCUGGUUGAUGAACCGCGUCUUCCAGAUCGAGGAUCACGUGCAGGAGCUCUUUACAAAGGAUCUCAUGUUUCGCCGCAUCCCAUCCGUCUUCUUGAACGAGAAGUUCCCCACCUCCACGCCCACCGAUGAGUAUCUCAUGGGAAAGCAGCACUUGAUCAUCAAGGACAAGCUGCUGACUAUAUGCCGGCUGCUCGCGGAUGGUCAGCAAAUGGAUCUGGAUGCCUCCUCCACGCGAGAAAGCGAUUUCGACGACGACUUGCCAAAGUCCAAGUCCAAGAGCUCAAUCCAAAGCGAACACUUGCCGGUGGAGGUGUUCCGAAAGCACCUGCCCGAGAUUCAGCGCAUCGAACUGGUUUUGGCCUCCACGCGAUUCUACUACGAGUUGGAUGAGUUCGCCGGGCUCUACGGUCGCGUGCCCUUCUCCCUCGACGAGGACGGACUCUUCUGGCCCAUCCAGAGCAACUACACUCCUCCGAACAUCUUCCGCCGCACUCCCUACGACAUAAAUCUCACAUUUGCGGAAUACGCCGCGGAGGCUGGCAAAAGAAAAACCCAUGCCAGCCUGGUCCCGAGUGUCGAUGUCGAGGAGGAGACUCCGCCAACGAAUCAAGAGACUCCGCCGAAGACAGAAUAAAAGGUUUGGUUGUAUUUUGGAUCUAGUGUUUUGUCUAUUAAAAGAGACAGUUGACAGUUCCCUUUUAAAGAAUUCGCUCCGGAGCAAGUAUGUAUGUAUAAUAAUGUAAUAAUCCGAUCCUAAAGAUUUCGCGACUUCAAUCAUAGUGACAUUGUUUCAAAGCAGUAUAUAUAAGAAAAAUAAAUUUAUAUUUGUACA